AAUCAGACUUUGGUGAUGAGUCACGCACGCACUACUCCUCCGGAAGUUGCCGCCGAGGUAGGUGAGAACAGACCACCGCGGGCGCGAUGACGCUCCCCAUCCGCCGGACCCUUGCCAAUCCCGUCGUCCUCCUCUUCCUCUCCGCCGUUUCCUCGUCUUCCCUGCCGCCGGAGGACGGCAUCCGGGUCGUCUCCGCCGAGAAACAGAUCCACCUCACUGGCCCCAUUGCCAGAGUGAUCCUAACAUUGGAGGUCGAGAAUGCUGCCGCCACCACGGAUGCAUCUCGAGUUCUUCUCGCGUUCACGCCCCGGGAGGUUGAGCACCUCGCCUUUGUCGGGGCCACCAGGGUGGAGGGGAAGCAUAGGAAGAAGGCACACGAGCCCCUCCGCGUCGAACCCUCCGAUCUCCCGGCGACCCCGAAUGGCGCUCGCCUCUUCUCUGCCCUGCUCAGCACUCAUCUGAAGCCCGGCGAGGCGACCACUCUCGAAGUGUUGUACGUGCUGACGCACGUCGUGGACCCUUAUCCGGCUGGGGUCGUUAGCCAGUCGGAGUCCCAGCUGGUUUACUACCAUGACAGCGCAGUGCUUCUGACGCCCUACCAUGUCCUGGAGCAGGUUACCUACAUCAAAAUGCCAAGCAAUAGGAUCGAGUGCUCCACGACGGUGGAUCCGACCAGCCGGGCUGGUGCUGAGAUCAAAUAUGGCACAUAUUAUAACCGGAUGCCAAUCACAUAUUUGCCCAUCUCUGUGCGCUAUGAGGUUGGUCCAUUUGCUGUUGUGGAGAAGCUUGAACGCGAGGUGGAUAUUCCUCGCCAGGGACACAUCAAAGUCACAGAUCAGUAUAAAAUGAGACACGAUGGUGCUUGGUACAAACGAAUCUUUUCAAGGCCUGAGUGUCCCAGGAUUUGGCCAUUUGCCAAUACAUUGUCGUCAUCAAUUAAGGAUCGGCUUUAUUUUACAUUGCUCCAAGGGCCAAGGUACGGUUGGCACUGCACGCCGUCGUUCAUCGCCGGCUAUGGUCUGCCAUUGGAAGAUUUUCUCUUUGAGUCGGUUGAUGGCCGGCGCUACAUCAACCUUACUUUUGGAAUUCCUCAACUCGAUACUGUGGUUGACGAUUUUGCUACUACGGUUAUACUUCCUGAAGGAUCAAAAAAUCCACAGGCUGUUGUUCAUUUUCCGACAAAGGAAUGGACUGUUCGUUCACUUGUGGCGGUGGAUAGCCAUACAGGGAUUAAAAUGGAGACAUUUUCAGAGAAGUAUGGUAGGAGGUAUUGUAACAAAAUUCUGCAAGUGGUAACCAUGUCAGCCAUUUGUUGGCUUCCUGGAAAGUCAUGCAUCUCAAGUAGUUUUCCAAGCAUUGAUUAACUCUCUCGGACUGCCCAUAGGUCUGAGGAUGGUAAGAAGUGCUUCUAUGAAGUUCCAUUUUCAGAGCUUUGAACAGAUCUUUCCAGAGUGCGCUUGUAAAAAUUCUAUCCCAGUCAGUCACUAUACAAGAUGGUAGACCAUGAAGCUUGAAUAUAUUGCUGAGAAAGAUAUCAGCAACAUCAUGAACAGCGAAAGGGUGAGACAUAGGAAGGAAGUGAGCAUAUUUGGUUAGCCGAUGCACAACCACCAAGAUCACAUUAUUGUUCUUUGAUCUGGGAAGGCCCUCAACAAAACCCAUGGUUCAAGAAGACUGAGAACAUGAACAGGCUCCACUUUGGAGAUCUGACAUACUGGGCAUUCAUUGAUCCAAGCAAUUAUGUUAGCUUUUGUGGCCAGAAGAAAAUCUUCUUAACCCUGUGAUAACUGGCCCUCUGACCAGAGUGGCCCCCAAUGGCCGAGACAUGAAAGGACUGAAAAUUUUUGGCCUUGAGUUGAGGACUAUCUCUAACCACAGUUCUGUUUUUGUAUCUGAGAACACCCCCAUAUACAGAAUACUUGGUAGAAACAGUUGGAGUUGCUUGUAGUCUGGACAGCCACUUUUGACAGUUUUGAUCACCAAGAUAACUAUCUAAAACCUCCUUGAUCCACUAGUGUUACAGUAGUGAUGGAAGAAAUAGAAGUUUCUGUUAGAGUAGAAUCUCUUAUAGAGAGAGCAUCAGCCACUUUGUUCUCCUUCCCUUUUUUAUAUUCAACUGUGUAAUCAAACUCCAAUAGUUUAAGAAGCAACUUGUGUUGUACACCCUCAGCUAAUCUUUGAGUUGUGAUAAACUUCAGACUUUGCUGAUCAGUCUUAAUAAUAAUUUCGUGGCCAGCAAA